AUGGCCAUCGACGCGAGCGAAUACAUCGCGUGAGUGCCGCCGGUUCACCAACCUGUUGGGAGGAAACUGACAGGAUACAAACAGCUACCCAGAAGCGCAUGAUCUCGCGCGGGCGGAUAAGGCGUUCUAUCCCGUCAAGAUACCCAUAUCGUACGUGUCCAUCCAUCGCAUGUGCCGCCGUUUGGAAGCCAAGCUGGCAGGUUAUUGACUACAGCGCAGACACUGGCAAUUACGACACUACAUUUCUACUCCCGAACCAGACCUCCUAUACUAUGCCUCGAGAAACGACAUAUACUGCCUCGAUACCGCGACGAAGAAGCGGAAACACAUCGCUAACCUACCCUUCGAAGCGCGAUGUACGGCGUCAGGCUAUGGCUACGUUUGCGUAGGCGGCGAAGAUGAUGGCCACUUUGCCACGAUUAAACUGGACGGUAGCGGACCACGUACACUCGACGUCGAUUCUGCGCUUCCGAUCGAAGGCUGGCGACAGAGCGUAGGCAGGCGAGCGCCAACUGUGAAGGUGGAGCGGAUCGGCGAGGAAAUAGUAAACUCCAUUUCCAUCCACCGGAUACAGGAUGAAGAGGCGCAUUUGGACGAUAUAGUGGCCGUGCUCACGAACAAUGACAAGACGGUGCGGAUAUACAGUCUCCCGGCGGGACACGAGACGAGAGUCAAGGACUUGCCGUUUGCGAUCAAUCACGCGACGAUCUCGCCAGAUGGGCAGAUGCUCGUUGCUGUGGGCGAUUUCAAUCAGGCGUAUUUCUUUAGUCGGGAGAUUGUGGAUACUCCGCCGCAGAUUCCGAAGCCGCACAAUCGGCUUACGACUGCGAGUGUGGAGUGGAGGUUGACGAAUGUGGUCACGCUGUUUGUUUCUAGCCCGGAUGCGACGGUGGGAUACUUUACGACUGCGUGGUCGCCGACGGGACAGCUUGUCGCAGUAGGAUCGGAGGGUGGAUAUAUUACGGUCCUGGAUACCGAGAUGAUGGCGAACCCAGAACUGGAAGACGAUGAAGCGGUUGUGGCCGUUGUGCCUGGCUCACGAGCAGAUCUUCCCCAACCGCAUCCUGGUGCCAUCAGAUCGAUGAUGUUUUCGCCUGAGCCGUGGGAUCUCCUCAUCUGGGCCGAAGACCAGGGCAGGAUAUGCAUUGGCGACUUGAGGACAGGGUUGAAGAGCAGACAGGUUGUCAGCCUGGAGCCUGGAGCGGAUAGCCUCAGGAAGCUGGCUCUUGAGGAUAUUCCGCAAGAAGAAGGACCUGUGAUAUCUCAUCUGGAUGACUUGGAAGCAGAUCUCCUUCGGCGAUAUCGAAAUGCUCCGGACAGCGCGUCCGCAGUCAACUUUGCAACAGAGUACAUCGAGGCACGAAGGAGAGUGCGACAGCAGCGACAAGACAUGGCGGCUUUGCACGCGGCUCGCCAGUCUCAUACCAACGCUUCAAGCUCAAGACAUACGCCCGAUUUGCUCGGCGAUGAUCCCCAGGGGUUGACGGCGCGGGAACAGCAGAUUUUAGAAUCGUUGCGGACGUCUCGACAGCGUGAGGAGGCUCGUGCGAAUGGACAGCCUGCGAGAUCGGUCAAUUACACAACGCCGGAUCUGUUUACGGGCUCAGGCGGCAGGUCUGCGUCUUCAACAAACACCGCAGACUCUGCUCGGCCAAUCAGCGAGAUAUUGAGUUCCGUGCAGGAAUCCUUUCCUGAGCUCUCCCGAACACAUGCUGCCACCAGUCCGCGACCCUCAUCUUCGCAUGCUCCCGAUGAAUCGCAUACUCUACCGCACCUACACGAGCUGCGCGACGGCAUCUGGGGUUCAUCGGCAAGGUCAGGCUUGCCACGAACGGGUGACAACUCCCGUCUACCGCGGCGGCGGCAGUCGGUCGUGUUAAGUCCACCGACCUCUGGCAGCCCAGGCCCCGCUUCUGUCAGCAACGGCAAUGGAGCAACGAGGGGCCAAACUUCCACUUUAGCAGAUGCAGAGGAUGAAAACCCGUGGCGAACAAUCGAAGAACACAUGUCCGCAGCCCGCGGUCCGCUCUUCGAAAGUGCCGCUCGCGCCUCAGCCGCUUCUCCCUUGCCCGCGGCAGAACGCAUCAGUGUCGAGUCCCUUCAACAAGAACUCGAAGCCCAGCGGCGCAUCAACCAACCUCAACUCCGAACACGAGACCGGUGGCGGAAUGCCAGUACCCGUGCGCCUGGAGCAGAAAGUCGCUUGGUGGAAGCGAGAAGGUUACAUGAUUUCUCGCAGCCGGGGUAUGAGACUUUUCUGAGAAAUCGCAUGCUCUGGGGUGUGUCGGGGAGUGGCGGUGGGGGCAGCGUUGGGGUGAGGACGGCCGGGUUGGCUAUGAGUGGAGACGGGAGGGUUCUCUGGGCUGCUUGUGAGGAGGGAAUUUUUGAAAUCGGGGUUAAUGUCAAGGGGAGGAUGUUUCGGGGUGCGGUGGAGCCGAGGUGA